AUGAAAAGAAUAUUGACACUAACUAAAACUCAUUUAAAAUUACCAAAUAUAUGCGAGUUUCGAGUAGAUAAAAGAACUAUUAAAAUUAUUAUUUUAUUAACUAUUUUUAUUAUAUUUAUUAUAAUUACAUCAAAUAUUUCUUUAUCAGAUCGAAAAUUAAUCAUAAAAAAUAUAACAAAUCCAGCAAAUAAUUUUUAUCCUUGUAUUGCUAUAUUGGUUGAAUUUCGUACAGUUGAUCAUAUAAUUGCUAUUGUUCAUAAUGUUAAUUAUCAUAUUCCAUCAACAUGGCCAAUUCAAAUAUUUCAUGGAAAGUAUAAUGAAAAUCUUAUUAAAAAUUCAACUUUAGCACCAUUAAUUGCAUCAGGAAAAAUUUUUCUUACUUUUAUGGAACAAGUUUAUGAUCGUGCUCGAACAAAUCAAUUAUUUACAGAUCCUAAAUUUUGGCAACGUGUUCGUGGUGAAAAAGUUCUUCUCUUUCAAAUCGAUUCAGUUAUGUGUUCAAAUUCUCCACAUAAAAUUACUGAUUUUCUUCAAUAUGACUAUAUUGGUGCCCCAUGGGAUCUUUCAUUUUUUUCAUUUAAUAAACAAUAUCGUGUAGGAAAUGGUGGAUUUUCAUUACGAAGUCGUAGUAAGAUACUUGCUUUACUUGCACUUAUUUCAUAUGAUUCUAGAAUACCAGAAGAUGUUUGGUAUGCACAAAAUUUACAUCGAGUUAAUGGAUCAAUACCUUCAAUUGAAAUAGCAAAAACAUUUUCUGUUGAAUCAAUGUAUUAUGCACGACCAUUAGGUGUACAUCGAUUUCCUUGGAAUUGUCGAUUUCGUGCAGAUUUAGCAAAUACAUGUCCUGAAUCAAUGAUGGUAAUGCGAGAAAAAUGUACUUAA